AGAAGAAGCCGAAUCAGGCGUCAUAUCCGGUUCCGGUUCGGGAAGCGCGAGCGCGUUGUAUUGAGGGUUUUGUGAGUAACGGAUGGUGAUUAAUGUCCAGGUCAGAUCUCACUCCUUCCCGCUUCUCUGUUCUGAAGCGGAGUGUGUAAUGGAGGAGCUGAGGAGCGGAGAGAAGCAGCUGUAAGUGCGAUGAGUCGUUAAGUGCGUACACGUGUCUGCUGAACGGCUGGUAAACGCCUCUCUUUCUCCUGGAGAUCGGAUUGUGUGUGUACGGUUGAGGAUUAGUGACUGGCUGUAGGUUUGGGUAUAACGAGAGGCGUGACGAGUAAGCCUGACCGAGUUGAGAUGAAGAACCCAGUGAACGUGUUGCGCUUGCCCAGAGGUCCGGACCCCAACAGCCGCGGGUUUGACCCCACCACACCCCGAUACAUUGCCCUGUGUCCCUCCUCCAUCCCGGCGUCCACAGCGAGCGGUACUGACCUUAACAACAUGGAGGAAGAGCAGAGAUUACGCUCAGAACUGCGGGAACGGUUCCUCAGGACUCUUAUAGCCAUGACGGACAAACCGGUUCACUUCAGCAUGUAUGAAAAAGUCCAAGUGCAGGCAAAAUUCGGAGCCUCGGACAUCGACGUGAUGAACUUCCAGGUUUCCGAUCUGCAGACCCCUCUAGGCGUUCAGAAAGAGGCGUUACUCAGGUGUCAGGACGUGAUCUCGUACUCCUUUAACUUGUGAAUGUUAUAGAAUUCAAUUAAAGUGAAAUGUUUCUC